AUGCAGUCCCCGAGCAGAGCAGAAAAGGUCCUGAGAACCAGAGGAAGCAUGAGGACUCUACAAAAGACAGUCUCGCUGAAGUCUGCACCCACAGAACACCAUUCCAUUCAGAAAGUAGCCCUCCCCAACACCAAAGUGAAUCUCCAUCUUUGUCUCUGGCAUAGAAGGCCAGAGCAGACUCGAAAUAAAGUGAGCCUGGGAAAAAGUAAAGUCAAAGGGGCCAUCUUAGCAAAGAUCAAAGGUGCUGGAGUAGACAGCAACAUCCCUAGUAAACUUGCAAACUGUACAAACAUUCCACAAGUAGUUAAGUCAGACCUGAUGACUCCACUCAAGCCCCACCCAUUUUCCUUCCCGGCUAGAGGGUUGGGGGGCCUCACAGCUCUCAUCUUUGCCAUGCGUUUGUACCUCCAUCAUUUCCAAGCUCCACUAGUGCCAUUGAAGAGAGUCAUUCAUUCAUUCACUCACUCACUCACGCAUUUGCCAAAUGUCUUCUUGGGCAACCCCAAGGGUUCUGCUGCUAGGCCGGCACAGGCGGUGAGCUCUCUUGGCUCUCUUGGCUCCAGCUGUGAAGUGAGAUGUGAUGGACAGCUCCAGAGGAUGAACUAUGGCCGGAUCCUGGAGAGGUUGGGGGUGGGGAGCCGGGUGGGCAUUCAUCGGGGAACAGAUGACAUGAUGCACAUCCUGGUAGAUGGAGAGGAUAUGGGACCUGCAGCUACUGGCAUCGCCAAGAAUGUAUGGGCUGUGUUGGAUCUAUAUGGGCCAGUAGGUACUGUGUCCAUUGUCAGUUCCUCGAGGAUGGAGGAGCCAGAAAGUAAUCAGCCUCUCUCCCCCAGCUCGGACACCGGCAGUGAAGGCAAGGAUGAUGAUGAGGGCAAGGAACAUGGCCUAGGAGACCAUAACCAAGUGGGUAUUAUACCCACAGCCCUCAAGUUCCUGGAGAACCAUGGGAAGAAUAUCCUUUUGUCCAAUGGGAACUGCACAGCCACAUGGGUGGCCAGCUACAAUCAGGGCAUCGUUGUCAUCAGCCAGCCCCUGGUUCCCCAGCUCUUGGUGUAGGUGCGGAUAAAAUUUCUGAACCGACAGUGGACAUCUUCCUUUGUCCUAGGAGUCAUCACCUUCCCACCAGAGAAGCUCAAUUUCCCUGUCUCUGCUUGUGCCCUCACACAGAAAGCCUGGCUGUUGCGUGGCCGAGGUGUUUUCCACAAUGGUCUGAAGAUCUGUGAGAAGUUUGGGCCAAAUCUGGAUACGUGUCCUGAAGGCACCAUCUUGGGACUGCGGAUUGACAGCUCUAGGGGGCUGCAUCUCCAUGUCAAUGGGGUAGAACAGGGGGUAGCUGUACCCAACGUGCCCCAGCCCUGCCAUGCGCUUGUGGACCUCUAUGGGCAGUGUGAGCAGGUGACAAUUGUCAGUCCUGAGCCAGGGGCUGCCAUUGGGAAAAGAUCUGGAACCCAAGGGGACAUGGAGAAAGCUGACAUGGUGGAUGGCAUCGAGGAGAGUGUGUGCUGGGGUCCACCACCCACUGCUAGCCCUCUAAAGAGCUCCGAGUACCAUGCUCUUUGCUCCCGCUUCCAAGAACUGCUGCUGUUUCCUGAGGAUUAUUUCAUGCCUCCACCGAAGCAUAGCCUGUGCUACUGUGAAUCUUGCCGAAAGCUUCGAGGAGAUGAGGCUCACAGAUGCAGAGGGGAGCCCCCACGGGAAUAUGCCCUGCCCUUUGGUUGGUGCAGGUUCAACCUCAGAGUGAAUCCCCGCCUGGAAGCUGAUACAAACAAAAAGUGGCACAUGGCAUAUCAUGGGAGCAUUGUGGCAGCUGUAAGGAGGGUGCUGGACCGAGAGGAGCUGGGAGUAGGAACUGCCUCCAUUCUGAGCUGCUGGCCCUUGAAGGGAGAGCCCGGAGUGGGGUUUGAGGGGUCUGGCAAGAACUGUGCGCCUCCCCGGGAGGAGCAGCCCUCAACCCCAGUGCUGCUCUCUCCCUCUCUCCAAUACGUUGGGGCCGAGCCCAGGGCCUCCAAAGUGCAAUUCCGGGACCCCAAAUCCCAGAGGAUGCACCAGGCCCAGGUAGCAUUCCAGGUGUGUGUGCGCCCUGGCUCCUACAACCCCGGCUCUCCUUCUGCUGCACUCAGAGAACCUCCCGACCCACACUUCAGCCUAGCCCAACUUGAGUGGGUCACAAAGGAGAAGGGGGCCGCACUCCUCUAUGCCCUGCUGGUACGGAUGGAAUGAGGGGUGAAACACCACUACUACAAGCACAGCUGGGCCUCGGCCCUCGACUCCUGAGCGAAGAUUGCCUCCACCUCA